CGGGGUACGAGGACUUUCAAACCAAGUAAAGCGACAAGAACGCCGUACGUGGCUCCACCGGAGGUUAAACUAUCAAAGCUUACAAAAUAAGAAAGUCAAGCGUGGGCGUAUGUGAUGCAACCACCAAACAAAACAGGAGAAGAGGACUAUGUUGUGAAAAUGGACGGCGGGAAGAUCCAUUUAUCGCAUGAUAUGUUACACGAAGUAUUCAAACCAAGGGGUCAUAUGUCCACUAUGGUGAUGACAACGAUGACCGAAUGGUUGAUGAAACAAGAAAAGGCAAAGGCCCCAAUCAAAGACGGGGUCCCUCGUCCGACACGACACAUGUUCUCAAGUUCAUUUGUGAACAAUUUGUUGAAUUUCGAUAAAGUACAAGAUCAGAAGGUCAUUGAAGAUCCAGUGGAUGCAAACAUGUUGGGAUACGAUGUGGCAAUGUGCAAUCUGGCAAUUGUCCUCCAUGCUUGGGUCCCGAUAAUACUUAUUUGCAAAUCCUUGUGGGUUUAUGCAACUGUUUCUACCGGUGUUGCUGAAUGA